AUGGCUGCAGCUACUCAAACCGCCUCCCGCGUCUUUCUGCGCUCGACUCCUGUCACCUCCUCCUUCCGCCCGGCCGCUCGCUCAACUCGCGCCCUUCUUCCUACCCAGGUCCGCGCAUCGACUCGUCGUGGAUAUGCUUCAGAGGCCGGCAAAGGAGGCUCGCCAUCCAUUGGUCUUUGGGCUGGUCUGCUUGGUGUGGGUGCGGGUGCUGGUGCUUACUUCUACCUGAAUGGUGAAAAGACCCCCAAAGGGCCCUUUGAGGCUACCCAAGAGGACUACCAGAAGGUGUAUGAUGAAAUUGCUGCUCGCCUCGCAAAUGAGACCGAUUAUGAUGAUGGUAGCUAUGGUCCGGUCCUCGUUCGUCUUGCCUGGCAUGCUAGCGGAACCUACGAUAAGGAGACAGGCACUGGUGGAAGUAACGGUUCCACGAUGCGAUUCGCCCCCGAGUCGGACCACGGCGCCAAUGCCGGCCUCAGGCUUGCGCGCGAAUUCUUGGAACCCGUAAAGGCCAAGUUCCCGUGGAUCACAUACUCCGACCUCUGGACAUUGGCCGGUAGUGCCGCUAUCCAAGAACUUGGCGGCCCUCAAGUCCCCUGGAGACCCGGUCGGGAGGACAAGGAUGUCGCAGCUUGCACUCCUGAUGGUCGCCUUCCUGAUGCAGCCAAGGACCACCGUCACAUUCGGGAUGUCUUCAUUCGUAUGGGCUUUGAUGACCGAGAGAUGGUUGCUUUGAUUGGUGCCCAUGCCCUCGGUCGGGCUCACAAGGACCGAUCUGGCUUCGAUGGCCCUUGGGACUUCAGCCCUACUGUGUUCUCCAAUGAGUUCUUCCGCCUGCUCGUCGAAGAGAAGUGGAAUAAGCGCAAGUGGGAGGGUCCCACUCAGUUUACUGACAAAGGCACUUCUACCUUGAUGAUGUUGCCAACUGACAUGGCCCUUAUUAACGACAAGGGCUUCAAGAAGCAUGUUGAACGAUAUGCCAAGGACAAUGAUGCCUUCUUCAAGGAGUUCUCUGAUGUCUAUGUUAAGCUCUUGGAGCUUGGUGUGCCUUUCAAGAGCAGACCAGAGGAUCGCUUUGUCUUCAAGACUUCCGAGUAA